AUGCUCGUGUCGUUGCUCUGCUGCUUCUUGUUCAUCGCCACGCUGAAAGCACAGCAGCAGCCCCAGCCAGCCGCUAGUGAUAACACAGCUAGUCCUCCGAGCUGCAUACCCCACGAGAGGGACGCCCUGCUGGCAUUCAAGCACGCCGUCACCAGCGACCCUGCAGGCCUCCUCACCUCGUGGCGGCGAGAUGGUGGCCACGGCGAGCAGGACUGUUGCCGAUGGAGAGGCGUCCGGUGCAGCAACCGGACUGGUCACGUCCAUGAGCUUCGACUUCGAAACACCAGAGAAGAAGCAGCAGCUAUGGAGGGCAAGAUAAGUCCUUCUUUGCUUGCUCUGGAUCAUCUAGAGCACCUUGACCUCAGCUGGAAUGAUCUAACAGGGCCAAGUGGUCGUCUUCCCGAGUUCUUGGGCUCUCUAAAGAAUCUCUCCUAUCUGAACCUCUCUAGCAUACCAUUCUACGGUGGCCUGCCUCCCCAGUUUGGCAACUUAUCAAGGCUGCAGUAUCUAGAUCUUUCCAAUUCCAACUUUAGGGGAGACACAAACUCGACGGAUCUCUCAUGGUUAACACGCCUUUCUUCUAUACAGUAUCUUAACCUUGACCUAGUGAAUCUCAGCACAGUAGUGGAUUGGCAUCAUGUCAUGAACAUGCUUCCAUCUUUGAGGGUCCUUCAUCUUUCCGACUGCUCUCUUGCAAGCGCAAACCAGUCACUGCCACACCUGAAUCUUACAAACCUCGAGGAGCUAGAUGCUUCCUGGAACUCCUUCGACCAUCCAAUGGUGACCAGCUGGUUCUGGAACAUAACAAGUCUCAGAUACCUUUACCUCCACGCCACUAGUAUGUACGGUCAAUUUCCGGAUGCUCUGGGCGACAUGACAUCCCUUCAAGUCCUUGAUCUUUCAUAUAAUUAUAAUAAUGAUGAGAAGUAUCGCAUCAUGACCACGGAUUUGAAGAAUCUAUGCAAUUUGGAGGUCCUGAACCUUGAUUGGGCUCUCUUAUAUGGCGACAUAGCUGAGCUGUUUAGGAAUAAACUACCUCGCUGUUCACCCAACAAAUUGCAAGAAUUGGACCUCAAUUCGAACCAAUUAACUGGGAUGCUACCAAGAUGGAUAGGGCAAUUAACGAGCUUGGUCGUUCUGAAUCUUGGUUGGAACAACAUCACAGGAUCCCUCCCACCAUCUAUAGGGCAACUUACCGGUUUGCAGACACUUGACCUCUCUUGCAACAACCUAAAUGGACAUGUUCCAUAUGAGAUUGGUAUGCUCAGUAAUCUGACCGAUCUGGACCUACAUAGUAAUAAAUUGGAUGGCGUGAUAACGGAGGAACACCUUGUUAGUGCAAGGAGCCUGAAAUACAUAGACUUGUCAUAUAAUGCCCUGAAGAUUGAGAUCAACUCGGAUUGGCAACCACCAUUUAGAUUAGAUACCGCAUACUUUGCAUCCUGCCAGAUGGGCCCACUCUUUCCUAGUUGGCUUAAGUGGAAUGUGAACAUCACCUAUCUUGAUAUCUCGAGUGCAGGUAUAGAUGAUAAGCUUCCACAAUGGUUCUUCGAUGCCUUUUCAAAUGUUCGGUUCAUGAACAUCUCCAACAAUUAA